AUGGCAUGGGAAUCCAUAGGGCAUGUUCUAUUUUCUUCCUGUCAUGCUAAGGAGGUUUUGAAAAUUUUUGGUUUUACCAUAGAUUUUACAAGUGUACUUCGAAUGAGAGAUGGAGAUUACCUAAUGCAUUUAUCCACAAUUUACAACAAACCAGACCUUGAGAGUAUUCUUUGCCUCAUGUGGUUCAUAUGGUCUGAUCGAAAUAGCUAUGUACAUGGAAAAAUGGUAAAGACACCUAUCCAAAUGUUGACACAAUCUGCUGCCUAUUUACAACAAUUUCAGAGUGUCAACUCUGCUGCAAAACCAGCAGCUAGUUCACGCACCAGUCCAACACCAGUUACAAAGUGGCAGCCUCCUCCAGAGAAUAAAUUCAAAUUAAAUGUAGAUGCGACUUUGGAUUCUUCGAGGAGCAAAAUUGGUAUUGGUGCUAUAAUUCGAAAUUCGGCUGGCCAAGUCGUGGGAGCAAUGUCUAAACCAGCAGUAGGCAAUUUUAAGUCGCAGGAAAUGGAGGCUAAAGCGAUGUUCGUUGGUCUCUCGUGGGCAAAGCAAUAUCAGAUUCCUAUUGACUAUGUGGAAACUGAUUGCCUAAUACUUGUUAAUGCUUUGAAUGGGUGCAUUUCACAAAAUUUGGGUUUCUUUGAUUUGGUUUCUGAUGUAACUUUUCAUUUAUCCUCUUUCUCUAAUGUUUGUGUUUCUCAUAUUAGGAGAGAUGCUAACCAAGCCGCUCAUGGUUUGGCUAAACAAGCAUUACAGCUGGAUAAUAAUUGUAUAUGGUUAGAAGAGAUUCUUUCUACUAUUUUCUCUGUUGUUGUAAACGACUCUAUAUGA